AUGCAGGUGAAGAAUAGAGUGAAACUCAAGGAUAAAAAUGUCGCACUUACUUUGAUCCCGGAAGACUCUGAAGAUCUUUGGUAUAUUUUCAAUCUCGUCAAGAAGGGUGAUACUGUACAACUACUUACUCAUCGAAAUGUGAAAAAAGGUAAUCAGAACCAAAUUACAAAGGGUAAAUCUAAGAUGGAGAAAAUACUCGUGAAGCUAAGAUUACUAGUUGAGGAAGUCGACUACAUUGCAAGUGACUUGACAAUGCGGAUUAAUGGGAAGUCACUUUUGCAGCAGGAGUUUAUUCCGUUGAAUAGUUACCAUACCGCCGAGGUGGAAUUGAACAAGGAAAUCAGUAUAGUCAAGGAAAGUUGGGAUGAAUAUGACAUGACAUUGCUCAACGACUUGUGUUCAGUUGAGAAAAAAGCCGAUAUAGGUGCUGUUGUGUUCCAAGAAGGUGUUGCGCAUGUGUGUUAUGUAACAGAGCAAAUGACUGUAUUGCAGUCCAAGGUAGAAAAACUGAUACCUAGAAAAAAUAAGGAGUACGGUACACGAGAUCUCGAUAAGGCCAUGAACAGUUUUUACAAUAUGAUUAUCCAAGCAAUUAUUAGACACUUUGAUUUUGAAAAAUUGAAAGUGAUCAUCUUGGCAAGCCCGGGAUUCUUGGCCAAAACGUUAUACGACCGACUAAUUCAAGAAUGUACGAAUCUACAAAGCACGGGGAACACAAAGGAUGCAAAAAAGUUUAAUUCUAUAUUGUCUAAUAAACUGAAGAUCCUUGUAGCACAUUGUUCCACAGGAUAUUUACAAGGAUUGGAAGAAGUGCUCGAGGAUCCACAGCUGCAAAAGAAAUUAGCCGAUACCAAGUUUUUUGAAGAAUCAGAAGUAUUAUCAAAGUUUCAAAGGGCAUUGAACGAAGACGACGGGAGAGCAUGGUAUGGAUUGGAGGAAAUUCAAAAAGCAUUGCAGAUGGAUGCAGUUAGAUUCCUUAUGAUUUCAGACCAGUUAUUUCAAAACGAUGAUAUUGAGGUAAGGCGGAUGUACAUUGAUCUUUCGGAGCAGGCAAAGGCAUUGGGCGCCAAGGUUUAUAUAUUUUCAAGUUUGCAUGAGCUGGGUAUCCAGUUGAACCAAUUAACUGGUAUUGCAGCUUUGUUAAAGUAUCCAGUACCCGAUUUAGACGAAUCUGACGAAGAAUGA